AUUUCAGUGAAGCAGUGCCAGAAACAGAGAGACUGGACUCCAAAGCUCUGAAGACUCGUGCUCAGCUUUCAGUGAAGAACAAGCGGCAGAGGCCUUCUAGAACAAGGCUGUAUGAUAGCAUCAGCUCAACUGAUGGAGAGGACAGCCUAGAACGAAAGAACUUCACGUUCAAUGAUGAUUUCAGUCCCAGCAGCACAAGUUCAGCGGAUUUGAGCGGUUUGGGAGCAGAACCUAAAACCUCUGGUUUCUCUCACUCCUUAGCACUGUCAUCAGAUGAGAGCCUGGAUAUGAUUGAUGAUGAGAUCCUUGACGAUGGACAGUCUCCCAAACACAGUCAGUGUCAGAGUCGUGCUGUUCAGGAGUGGAGCGUGCAGCAGGUUUCCCACUGGUUAAUGAGCCUGAACCUUGAACAGUAUGUUUCUGAAUUCAGUGCCCAAAACAUUAAUGGGGAGCAUCUCCUUCAGCUGGAUGGGAGUAAGCUCAAGAUAAUCUUAAAGGAAGUAGGCAUUCAUCCAGAAGGCAGUGAAUCCCUGGAGUGGUGA